AUGUAGUCAAUUAUUAAUCAAUGCCAAGAUUUAGAUGAAGAGUACAGAUAGCUUGUUUAGACAAUAAACAACAUGUUGGACAAUCUGAGUAUAGUAAGUCUUGAAUUUGUGAAUUCAAAAUUAGAAUUUUUAGAGAAAUACUCAUGUACUCUAAAAUCGAGUUAAAUCGAUGCAAGGAUACAUAGAAAUUCACAAAUGAAGAACUUAAUAGAAUACAUUAAGAUGCAUAGAAAAUCGGAAGCAAAAUCCCUUGCAUAAUCGCCACCAGCUAAGAUGGCUCAUCAUCGUCCAAAAUAUUCAUUUAAUGAGAAGGCUUUCUCUAGUUUGCUCUAUAGUAGCAUGAGUUAAAUGACUCAGUAAAAAACAUUGUAUAAUGAGCUUGACUAAUCAUAAUAGAAAUGUACUCUCAAAAACAAAAACCUAAACGUUUUAUAAAAUUUAAUAGGGAAAUAAAAGUUUGAAUAAAAGAAGGGAAAUGAGGACAUGUUCAGGUUGCUCUAAAAAUGCAUGCAUUUGAUUUCACAGAAGAAGGAGUUUUAGGAUGAGUAUGCAGAUUUGUAAAAAGAAUAUAAAGAAAUAGUUAGGAGCAAUAGGAGUUUGUAAUGCAAAGUGAAUCUUGAUUAAAAAUCAUCAAAACUGAAGGAGAAUUUAAAUUAAUUAAUGGUAAGCCAAGAAUCAUUUAAAUCCUACCUCAAUUCAGUAAUUUGA